GAGGCUCCACGGGCCUGACGCCCAACACGGCGGUGUCUUCGAUGUCCUCUUCGACAGCCUCCAGUUCGGAGGAUCUCACGGAACCCGACUUCGUACGAAUGGCGAGGGAACAGGAUGACAUGGAAUUGCCGAAAAACGCUUCGCUCUCCCUUCUAGAAACAUGGCGUCCAGACGAAACUUCCAAAACCAAGUCGCUCGAUCGCGAACUUCUUCGCGUACACGACAAAACCAAAGACAAGAAAGACCGAAGCACGUGGGGCAGAGUACGCGCCAUCGUCCAGCCGCGCAAAUACAGCGCCAAAAAGAAAUCGGGACGUGGCGGCGGUAUAGGUGGCGCCAGUGGCAAUGUGACCGACGGCGCAGUAUCGGACGGGGCAACACUAGAGACACCUAGUGGCGACUUUGAGGGUUACGAAAGCUACACCAGCGUCGCUGACGAGGAAGACGAAUCGCGACGUUUGCGACGCGCCGGCAGCUGGCGACGAAGGUCACAGGACGCUUCCCUGGAGCAGUCACGACGUCAUUCACGAGACGAGAGUCAUCCAGCGUCGGGUGAAGUCUCCAGACACGUAUCCCGUGACGAAUCUCGUGAAUCGCGCCCAGCUGAGGCGACACAAAGCACCAGAGAAGAUCCUCAGCUGGAGGCCUCUCGUCAGACGUCAAGAGAGGAAGGUCGACUGUCUCCUCCCGACGUGUCCAGACAGGUUUCCAGGGAGGAGACGUCGCGACAAUCGUCCAGGGAAGAGAGCCACGAAGGAUCGGUUGGACAGCACCAGCGUUCGGCCUCUGCGGGCACUCGGCCGACCUACGAGUCUCAAACCAGCAGUCUGGGGCGAGAGAGCAACUGGUCCAAGGUGAAGAAGGCGUUCCUCACGGGACCAGCCACAAGGAAGGAUCUCCAGCGGACUGGCCACGAGCUACCCGAAAUAGACUGCCCCGCUUCCGAGUCGGAAGCGGGCCGGUCGCGCGAGGCGCCCGCCCGGCUAUCCGCGUCACCCGACUCACCUAGUUCCCCAACCGACCACGGUGUCACUGGUGGCGCCACCGUCGCGGACCAUGUCACCGAACUGCAAAAGAAUCUCAGCGAAGAUUUCAGUAAGAAAAUGCAGGAAUGGGAGCGGAAAAGGAGCGGCGGCCCGUGCCGGGUCGCCGAGGAGCAUGAGCAGCGUCCAGAGCGAAGGAGCAGGAAGGAGGAGGUCGAACGCCAGCGGAAGGUCACUCAGGUACAACAUGAAGAGCAACUUCCUGCGGAAUUCCGACGCCGUCUUCACGAGUGGGAACGCAAACAGCGCGAGGGUAGCGGUCGCCGGAAACGAACCGAAGAUGGUGGCCAUCCGGAAGUCCGGCGGAAGCUCACCGACCAGCCGGAAGUCCGCCGGAAGUGCACUGACCAGCCGGAUGUCCGCCGGAAGUGCACGGAUGGAGAGCGACGCCGCGGGAAACAUGAGAGUAGGGAACACGGGAGGCAACACGCUACAACACCCCAGGCGGUGGAGGAGGAUCACCUUCCAGCCGAGUUCCGUAAGCGUCUCACCGAGUGGGAGAUCGCCAAGGCGCUGGCCGGCAAGUCCCAGCAGAACGUGGAGCAGCUGCAGAAGCACCUGCCGUCAGAGUUCAACAAGAAGUACGAGGAGUGGAGGCUCAAGAUGAAGAUGGCAGAGGUCAAGGCCGGCCAUGGAGCACCCUCGCAGGGACAGGUCAGUCCGGGCAGUCAGAAGCGCCGGGCAGCAGAACUGCGCCGUCAAACCAGGACCAAGGACCUUCAGUGGCUGGAGCGGGAGCUACAGAAGGUGGAAAGAGAGAAAACCCGACUAGAAAGAGAGCGCGAGAAAUAUUUGGAUCGAGAGGCCAGACUGGAGCGCGUUCGUGACGCGAUGAGAAGACCUAAAGAGGACAAGGAGGACAAGGUCACGAUUAAAACAGCUGAAGGAGAGUUCCGGUUCGAGGGCAUCAACAAAAACUUUACCAAGAAACUCUACGAGUGGGAAGAGAGGCGUGGAAUCCCACCCGAUUCGGAGUCAUCAACGAUUGCUCUACUGGCUCCCAAUUACCGUCCCCAUGAGCUAGCUGAACAGGACACAGGGCGCAUGGUCAGGUGUAAAUCAGAGGGGAGUCUCGCCGAGCUGACGUCAUCAGCUCUGGGUCAACAUAGUCGCCAAUCAUCAGAAGACAAAACGGCCGGAGGACUGGACGGCACUCUCGGAGACUCUACGAAGGCGUGUUCGGAGCCGGACCUGCGUUCGGACGCGGCGGACCGGCCGCCAACUGACCGUUCAGCUGACUGCGGCGCAUGCGCAGUGCUGGUGGACGUGGAGGAGGUGGUGGCCGCUCCUCUGGAGGAUAUUCCACCGGUGCAGGCCCAGGAGCCCGUCUAUAGCUAUGCGCCCGAUGAAGUAACGAGAUUGAUUGACUCCAGCGGCAGUGACAGCGAGCUUCCGGGCCGGUACCGGCCCCGAGAGGACCUUCUGGUGACCUACGAGGUGCCCGAGAUAGCCGCAGGGCACGACCCUCAGCAGGCCGGGGGCUCCUACUCGGGUCUGUUGGAUGUCAACAUCUCCAUCCUGGACAAGCUGAAGCAGAAGGAGGACGUUUGCCGCUGCCUGGAGGAGAAGUUGGAAGAAAUUGGCCAGAACAUGACUCAGAUUCAGGAGGAACAUCGCCAGGAACUAGAGAAACUUCGGGACGAGAAGACAAAGAAGACUCGGACCAAAGAAGGCGAUGGACUGAAGGCAGAGGAAGAACUAGUAGAAAACAACCUGCAGAUGCUGGAAAAUCUACAGCAGCGGUGUAACGAACUCCAGGGCACCGGAGCCCGACUUCAGGAGGAGCGGGAACAGAUUCAGGCCUCGCUUCAGCACCACAGCGAUCAGCAGGCGGACCUGGCCCGACAUCUGGUGGGCAAUAUGAGGAAACUACACGCCGCUGGAUCCUCCAUAGACGUCGCUAGUGAACAGACUCAUGACACUAAAGAUGCUCCAGAAGAAGCCCCUACCACCACAGAAGCGCUUCAGGUGGACGCAGCGGAGGGUCUUCUCCUGCCUUCUCCUGGUGCUCGCAGAAAACAGAUCGAUAAGAAAACAGUGGAUAAGCUGCAAGCCAUCAGUACCGAUUUGUUAUCACAGGCCAAACGACUUGAGAAGGCUCUCGGGCCACGACAGGGCAAACGACCAACGCGGUCCUAUUCUCAAGGUCACCACAGCAGAAGUUGGUCACGGAAUACGGAAACGCCUCCUGAUUGGCUGAGAGGUGACGACAAGCCGGCCUGGCAGGCCGCUGAUUGGUCGACACUGCCCAGUCAGCUGAGCAAGAAAGUGGAGGAACUGCAGAGGGAGAUGCUGCUUCUCUGCACCGCUCGAGCGUCCCCUCACAGUCCUCCGCUGAGUAUGAGUCCUCCCAUGGAGGAGCUGGGUGAAGGGGACGACUUCAAUCCAGAGGAACCCAUCAGCUUCACCUUCCAUCUGCCGUCUCAGCAGAAAAACCGGCAGUUUCAGGAGACAGACGAAGACCGUGAUCAGCUGAGUCACGAGUGUGGAGUCAGCGAGCCCACAUCUACUGCUGACGAUCUCUGCCCGACCAGUCCCGAUGAGGAGAUGCUGGCGUCGCAAUGUUCUUCCUCGCGAUCUUCCGUUGAAGAUCUCGGAGCUGUGGCUAAAUGGAGGAACAAACGCGAUCUCUACACGUCCUACGACCAAACGCUCAAGGAAAUGCAGCGCGAGCUGGAGUCUGUCGAGGCGCAGUACGCCCUGGACCGGCGGCGAAAGAGCUCCGAUGACGUCAUUUCCACACCGUCCUCGUACCGGAGUCGGUCCUCGAGUAUACCCUCCUCCGAGGACGUCGAUGAGCCCAAACUGUUUCAGAUGGCUGAGCACCCCGAACACUUCAUCGAGGAGGAAGAGGAUGACGGUAACGCCACCGACUCACGAUCCGAACACGGCGCCGAGUGGGACUCCACUGACUCCCAGGGUCCGCGGGUCUCCCAGGGACCAUCUUCUGCUUCAGAGGACCGCCUGUUCACCGCCGGCGCCACAAGAACUUUUGAAAUUCCCACUGUAGAUACAAGAUAUCUCUCUAGCCUGCCGCCCGCGACCUCAGCUCCUGUGAUUGUUUCUGCGCAGAGAACUGUGUAUUCUGUGGAUCACGGGAAACUUCAGGUUCAUGUUCGGGAUCAGGUGGAUACACCAUCACCCUCAACAUCACGUGGCGUCAAUGCGUCACGUGAGUCCGCAAAUGAACCAUCACGGUCUCCAACAGAACGCGAAGGCGUCAAUUUGACAUCACGUGAGUCAGAAAAUGCACCACCGCAGUUGACAGCACAGCGCGAAGGUGCUCAUGUGACGUCUCUAGAAAGGAUGAACCUCUCACUUCACCCAGUAGAUGAGGUAGCUGAUCGUCUGUCCAGCACAACCCCGACUCCUACCGCAAGUCCACUUCCCCUGAGGCUGGAGGUGACGUCGAAUGAACGACCACCAUUGCAGGCUAGUCUUUCGGUGACUUCACAAGAGUCAACACCUAGCGUGGAAGGCAGUGAAGAGCACGUCGCGAAGGGAGGUGUUGAGUUUCCACUGGUGCUUGAACCAGCUGGGGCUGCUGCUGGUGAUGCCGCUGUUGGUGGUGGUGGUGGCGAUGGCGGUGAAUGGAAAGUUGGUGCAGUUAGUGGCGAAGCUGCAGUUUAUAAUGACGACAAAGCAGAAGUGCAUAAAAGCAAGGUUCUGAGUGAUCGCGAUGAGGUAAGCGCACAUGAUGCCACCAUCCAAAAGAUUGAUGAUGGGAGUGGUGGUGUAAAGGGUCAGGUGCCCGGGAGCGAUAGAAAAGUGUCCCAAGAAACCACCGUGAGACCAGAACCUGAUCAAGUCGAGCAGCAGACAAAAAGCAACGAGCAGGAAGGAUGUGUCGAUACUAAGCCUCAUGUCCAGGCUUCUCGUGAAGCUGGUGUCGCAACAAGUGAAGCAAGUGGCAAGAUUGCGCUGAAGACCGAACCUGAAACUUCUCGGUUAGUGUCUGCCAGGGGCCCAAACACGCAUCAAGACAAAUCACCCACAGAGAGUGUCGUUUCUCAACCAAAAAACGAAGACCCUUCGAAGAAGGACGACAGCCAAGCUUUGCGUCCCGUCACCAAAUCUACCGCCGAACUUCAUGUUCCCGACAUCGAAGCCAAAACAACGUCCACCGAAGAACAUCAUCAUCAUUACACCCCGCAACCUUCCGAGCAAUCAAAACGCAGCGUUCUGACUCUUGCAGGCUCCUCACAGAACAUCCGGGGAAUGAUUGAGAAAUUCAACAACAUCUCAGACUCUCCGGAAACCUCAACACCAGUCCUACCGCGCAGGGAUAUUCACCGCCCUCGUGCGGACACAAGCAACGUUGCCUUGCAGUUGCAGAAGAGCCUGUCAGACGGUCUUGUCAUGCUGUCUUCAAGAAAUGAUAAUGACGAGAACGACACACACCACGAUUCAAAUCUCAUAGCGCAGGCACGCUCGGCAAGCGGAGGUGCUGUGUUGCAACCGGAGCCUCCCAGUGGAAGUCCUGGUGGUUUGAGUCCUUCGCUCGCCGUCAGAGGCGCGGAACCACGUGGCCUUGCGGGACGUCCCCCGCGAUGGAGUCCUUUGCCGCCGAUUUCUAGUCAAGUACCGCAUUUGACUAGCUCUCCGGUGUCUCUGAGAACUAGGGUGAGUUCCGGAGGUCAUCCUGUCACGCCAUCCACCCCUUCUUCAGCGCCAAUCUCCUCAGGAGCCACGUCGCCGUUUCCACCAUUCUCACACUGUGUGACGUCAUCUGUGACGUCGCUGAGUGUGACCACGCCCACCGGUGUUGACUCCUCCCUCGACUCUUCGUUCGACUCGGCGUUCGAGGCCGCUCGGUUUGGUUCCGAGGGACGAAGUCCCACUCCAACCGCUCGAGCCGAGAGACUUCGUCGAGCCAGAGAUCAGUUCUUUGGUGCCACCUGGUCAUCGCGUCCUACUGCUUCUGGAGGUGACGCAGACGCCGACUCUGCUGGAGGUCCUUUUCCUUUCGGUGCUGAAAGCCCUCAGCGACCUCCUCGACGAAGAACAGGAAGCAGAGCUGCAGGUCUGGCUCACAGUAAGAGCACAGGAACAAUCAAUGAGGCCUCCGUCCGCCACAGCGACAUUAGCUGUGGGAGUGACUUCAGUGAUGUUAGCGUUGAAGAGGCGAGACUGGACGCACCUCCAUCAGCUCGAGUGGAAGCACCUUCUGGCUCAGCUGCAUCAAUACCACCGAUCUCACCAGCCCCGGCAGCACCUCCUUCAACAUCAAAGUCAGCAGGAUCGAGAGUCGCCCACUUCCUUCGGCUGAGGCACGCAAAGAAGAGGAAGGGUUCAGCGAUCGGGGCGUUAAUCAGACAGAGUAUGGCAGUGAAUGCGGGACAGGUGAUGCCGGGGGCGGAGGAGGGUGGGGCGGCCGCGGCGGCGGUGCCAGGGGCGGUAGGGUCACAAGCGGAGGCGGGAGCGGCUGGCCAUGAGGCCGAGGUCGCGGGAGCAGCCGCAGCCGCGCCGCCAGCGCCGGUCAGAAGUUGUCCCUCCACUCCGGUAACGGAGAGAGCUUCUCGGUCAGAGGCGCGUCAAAGGCCCGGGUGGAGAGCCAGGAAGCUGUUCAGGUCGCCGACUCCGCCCGGGGGUCGAUAGGACUGUGUUUAAAAACAGAGGAAACGUCUUCAAUGCGCUCAGGCUCUUGUGCUUGCUAUCCGACGGAUAAAUUCAAUACCGUCUAGGAAAGACCGUAUUUCGCUGGUCAAUGCAAUCACUUGGUUCUUUUUCUCUUCGUGACAAAUGGAUGAAAGUGAUUUGGUUGAGCGUUUAUUCCCAUAAGCAACAGCCCAAAAACCCAACUUAGCAGUCAACAGUAUUCUUUCUGAACUGGAGCGUUACCAAUACGUUCGAGAGCAAGAAAGCUACUUUAAAACGCUAAAUUUGAGAGAAGAACAAGGUAUCUACACUGCACAACAUCUGGUUUGAAAAAAGAACUCCAAUGGUGCCAAAGCCAUUAUUUGGUUGACCUACUAUUGGACUAGAAUGCGCUGCAUUGUCACAGCUAUACUGCAGUAAAAACAGUGUCAUGUGACAUGCCCGAUAAGUUGAUGCUCAGUGCCUAGUCAGUACAUAGUCAGUGCCUAGUCAGUGCCUAGUCGAUGCCUGGUCGUUGCCUAGGGGUACGACCAUUAGUGAAUAAGUGCCUUAUAGUUUUGUCUACGCGCUCGAUAUUACUAUGCAAUAAAUAUUACCGUUGGUUUUA